UUGUUUUUUGCAAUGAGAAAUAAUGAAUAUUAUUAUGAGCUUGUUGUUGUUCAUUUUUGUGUAUUUAAUUUCCCCAAUAAUAAUAUGCGGUAGCAUAGUACCCCUUGCACCUGCAUUGUAUUUAUUUGGAGACUCCUUAUUGGAUAGUGGCAAUAACAAUUUUCUCCCAACUAUUGCAAAAGCAAAUUAUUUGCCUUAUGGUUCUAAUUUUGCUAUUGGUCCUACCGGAAGAUUCACUAAUGGAAGAACUGUUGCAGAUUUUAUAGCUGAAUAUCUUGGAUUGCCAUAUCCUCCACCAUACUUGAGCUUAAAAGGUGGAAUAUCAUUAUCUGGAAUCAAUUAUGCAUCCGGUUCUUGUGGAAUUCUGCCAGAGACUGGUAAUAUACUUGUAAGUAUAUGCGACUGA